GAGUAACGGUGCAGGCCACACUUCUGCGAGAAAGGAAAAAGAGCCUCGUGCCAAAACGGUAAAAGCGUCGAGGUGGGCGAUUUCCCUUCCAGCGUUUUCUCUCGUGUUGACUUAUUGAUCCGCAGUGAUCAGGCGCAUUUCCGAUUUAUCUGCGGCGUUACACGUUAGUCCAUGCGCGAGUUGUAACUUUGUAGCUACAGUAGAUGUUUUAUUUGAAUUGCAAAUCGCAACGCACAUUCGCUGGAUAGUCAUAUCAGAUUUUAACCUCUGAAAAUCAACGAGCUACAAUGUCACACGUUGAUAAAGGGCCGACAAAUGACUCGGAAAAGAAGACUGAAUCGGCCGAAGACAGUUCACCAGGGGACAUGGAGGUGCCCAAAACAAAAUUAUUUGAUGCCAAGGCAGUCUUAUGGACAUUUGGGAAAUGUCUCACCGCCUUGUUGCCCGUCUACCUAGCUGGUUACUAUCGCAUGAGCACUAGUUUGGUGGUGUUCGGGAUGAUGGUUUACUCAGGAUGGAAACAUACUCGUGAAGCGAAGGAAGCGAGACUAAGAUCCGCAAUACAGUUAAUCAACGAUGAACAAGAAUACAUGUCGUCCAAAUCAUUUCGAAGUAGAAGAGACCUGCCUUCUUGGGUAAAUUUUCCAGAUGUUGAGAAGGUUGAAUGGCUAAACAAGGUAAUCCAGCAGGCCUGGCCAUUUAUUGGUCAGUAUUUGGAGAAGUUGCUCACAGACACCAUUGCUCCAUCAAUCCGUGGAUCCAGUGCUCAUCUACAGACGCUCAGCUUCACGAAGAUAGACUUUGGUGACAAGGCUAUGAAGGUAGUAGGAGUGAAGACUCAUACAGAAAACGAAAAAGGUCAAAUUCUGCUUGACGUUUACAUCAGUUACGUAGGGGAUGUUGAGAUAAAUGUGGAGGUGAAACGGUAUUUCUGCAAAGCUGGUGUGAAAGGAAUACAGCUCCAUGGAAUGAUGCGUGUGAUUUUGGAGCCUUUGAUUGGCAACGUCCCAAUCGUGGGCGCCGUGACUAUGUUCUUUAUUCAAAGGCCUAAACUGAACAUAAAUUGGACGGGUUUGACCAACUUGCUGGAUAUUCCAGGACUCAAUGUGAUGUCAGACACUAAGAUCAUGGAUGCGAUUGCCUCAUUCCUGGUGUUGCCCAAUCGUCUUACUGUUCCUCUAGUGCCAGACCUGCAUGUUGCACAACUGCGCUGCCCACUGCCGAGGGGAGUUGUGCGUAUUCACCUGUUAGAGGCAGAUGGUCUGGCCGCGAAGGAUAACUAUGUGAAGGGUGUGAUAGCGGGCAUGUCUGACCCGUACGUUCUACUGAGAGUGGGACCACAGAGUUUCAAAUCACGGCAUCAGGACAACACCCUCAAUCCCAAAUGGGAUGAAAUGUAUGAGGUCAUUGUUCAUGAGGUGCCUGGUCAGGAGCUUGAGGUGGAAGUGUUUGACAAAGAUCCCGAUCAUGAUGAUUUCCUGGGCAGGACAAAUUUAGACUUGGGUGUUGUGAAGAAAUCUAAAAUUGUUGAUGAGUGGUUCAAUUUGAAGGACACUAAUACAGGACGGGUUCACCUCAGACUGGAGUGGCUGACACUAGAAGCCAACACAGAGAGACUGGAAGAGGUUCUGAGGAGAAAUGAAACUGUGGUGAGUAAAACAGCAGACCCGCCCUCAGCAGCCAUCUUGGCAGUGUAUUUGGACAAAGCAGAGGCACUUCCUAUGAAGAAAGGCAAUAAGGAACCCAAUCCUAUCGUGCAACUCUCAGUGCAAGAUGUUACUCGUGAGAGCCGGAUUUGCUGGAGUACGGUGAACCCUCAAUGGGAGGACGCUUUCACUUUCUUCAUCAGAGAUCCAAACAAACAAGACAUUAACGUUCAGGUGAAGGAUAAUGACCGUGUUCAGGCUUUAGGAAGUCUGUCCAUCCCUGUUUCCCGUCUUCUGUCUUGUCCUGAUCUGACUCUAGAUCAGUGCUUUAAUCUUGACAGCUCUGGCCCAGAGAGCCGCAUCCACAUCAACACAGUGCUCAGGGUGCUCUGGUUGGAUGAAGAUGCUGUUGCAUCCUCUCUCCUUUCCAGUGACCCUCUUUCAAAGAGUUCCGCCUCACGCCCGCAGAAGACCACACCCCAUUCCAGCUUUGCCACUGAGGGGGUGCUGCGUAUCCACCUUGUGGAGGCUCAGGAUCUGGUUGCUAAAGACAACCUGAUGGGUGGAAUGGUGAAGGGGAAGAGUGACCCCUAUGUCAAGAUCCAGAUUGGAGGUGAAACCUUUAAGAGUAAUGUGAUCAAGGGAAACCUCAACCCCACCUGGAACGAGAUGUACGAGGUUGUCUUGACAGCGCUUCCUGGUCAGGAGUUGACGCUAGAGGUUUUUGAUAAGGACAUGGACAUGAAAGAUGACUUUAUGGGCAGACUGAAGAUCAAUCUGAGUGAGAUAAUCAGUUCUCAGCACAUUAACAAGUGGUUUUCUCUGAAUGAUGUGAAACAUGGACGUGUUCAUUUGGCUCUGGAAUGGCUGCCUACUUUAAAACAACCAGAAAAACUACAGCAGGUGUUGUUGUACCAGUUGAAGAGCUCUUUUCUGAAUAAGACUGUGCCAGCUGCGGCUCUGUUGUUUGUGUAUGUUGAGCGUGCCCAUGAACUCCCCUUAAAGAAGAGCGGCAAGGAACCGAAAGUUGGAGCUGAGCUGAUUUUAGGUGGAACAUCUCAUAGAACCACGGUCUGUGAUCGUACCAGCUCUCCCCAGUGGGACGAGGCAUUUCAUUUCCUGGUUCGAAACCCUUUAAAGGAAGACCUCGUUGUAAAGUUGUCCCACGAUUGGGAUUUCUCUCUGGGAUCUGUGGUGAUUCCGAUCAAAGAGCUGCUCUCAGAGCCAGAUCUACUGCUGGACCAGUGGCUCAAUCUGGAAGGAGCUUCACCUCAGAGUCAGAUUCUGCUCAGAGCUCAAUUGAAGAUUCUUUGCCCUAAAGUGACAGAGAGCUCUGUAGAGCUGGAUGAACAGUCUAAACAUCUAGAAUCAUCCACUUUCACAAGAAAACAAGAGGAGAAAGUGCAGAAGUCUAGUGCUGAGGUGGUCCCAGAAUCUCCUGUCACUGUUACCUCCUCUGUGUCAGUCCCAGAAGAGGAGAGCAGUGCAGAAGUCCCACAGGUCACAGAAGUAUCCAGCUCAGAUGAUCUUCGACCCCUACGCACCAGCCCUGACCCCAGCUUUGGUACAGAGGGAGUGCUUCGUCUCCACCUGCUAGAGGCUCAAAAUUUGGUUGCCAAGGACAGCUUGAUGGGUGGAAUGGUGAAGGGGAAGAGUGACCCUUAUGUCAAGAUCCAAGUCGGAGACACGACCUUUAAAAGCCAUGUGAUCAAGGAAAACCUCAACCCCACCUGGAAUGAGAUGUACGAGCUGGUUUUGACCUCAAACUCGACCCCGGAUGUUCUUGUGGAGGUGUUUGAUAAAGACAUGGACAAAGAUGACUUUUUAGGAAGGUUCAAGAUCAAUUUACAGGAAAUCAUUCAAUCUCAGUUUAUGGAGCAAUGGUUUUCUCUGAGUGAUGUAAAGCAUGGCCGUGUUCAUUUAGUUCUGGAGUGGCUGCCCACCGUAACACAACCUGACAAACUGCCAAAGGCUCUGCAGUUACAGUCCACGCACUCUUACCUGAACAAAUCUGUGCCAUCAGCAGCUCUGCUGUACAUCCUUGUAGAGAGAGCGCAUGACCUGCCGCUUAAGAAGAGUGGAAAGGAGCCUAAAGCUGCCGUGGAGCUGCUUCUUGGUGACAUUUCUUAUAAAACCAAGGUGUGCGACCGCUCCACGUCUCCUCAGUGGAGUGAAGCUUUUUACUUCCUGGUUCACAACCCGAGAGAGGAGAUUCUUAUUAUCAAGAUUUCCAGUGCAUGGGAGCAGCCCUUGGGCUCUUUGGUUCUACCAAUCAGAGAGCUGCUUUCAAAACCAGAGCUACUGAUAGACCAGUGGUUGGGUUUAGAUGGAGCAGGUCCUGAGAGUCAAAUUCUGAUGAGGGCACAGCUUAAGAUUUUGGACUCAAGGAUUGAUGCAAGUGUCUUUGAAAGAAAGAAGUCUGUUACGGAUGAAGAUUGUUCUGUGGUUGGACACCGUGAUGAGAAAGAGCCAGCUGUAACUGAACAUUCACAGGCAGCUGUCAGCAAGGAAUCCGAGAAGAAAACCCUGCCAAACAAAGGGGUGAGUGAGCUGGUGGCCUCAUCUUUACCAGUCCCUGUAUCACUGCCUGAAGAACAUCACAAUCUUACACCCUCCACUCCUAAAACACAGCUUGAAACCAAGGAUCUCAGCAAAGUUCCUGAUUCCACUACCACUGUAGGUGUAUCUAGUCAUGUGAUGGCACCAAAUAAAACAUCUGAAUCAAAGUCAACAGCCCAUGAAGGGCAACAAGACACUGAAGAACCAGUAGAACAGUCUUAUAAAAAGGCCUCUCCUAGUGUUUCUGUGGAGGAGUCAAAGGUCACCAGUUCUACAGGCGUACGACCCAAAAAGACUAGCCAUGACCCCAGCUUUGGAACUAAUGGGGUGCUGCGUAUCCAUCUUUUGGAGGCUCGGGAUCUGGUUGCCAAGGACAACAUGAUGGGUGGAAUGGUGAAGGGGAAGAGUGACCCCUAUGUUAAGAUCCAUAUCGGUGACAUGACAUUUAAGAGUCAUGUGAUCAAGGAGAAUCUCAACCCUAUCUGGAAUGAGAUGUAUGAGAUGAUUCUUAGUCCUGACAACAAUCUAGAGGUGAAGUUUGAGGUUUAUGAUAAAGAUGUUGAUUCUGAUGAUUUCCUUGGAAGGUUCACCCUCAAACUUGGACAUAUUAUCAACUCCCAAUACAAUGAUGAAUGGUUUACUUUGAAUGAUAUAAAACAUGGUCGAGUCCAUUUGGUUCUGGAAUGGCUGCCCACCGUAACACAGCGGGAUAAAUUGGAACAAGUAAUGCAGAUGCAAAGUGCUCAAAUGUACCAGAACAAGUCCAUACCUUCAGCAGGGCUGCUGUUUAUUCUGUUAGAAAGAGCACAUGACCUGCCCUUGAAGAAAAGUGGAAAGGAACCCAAAGCUGCAGCUGAACUUGUGCUUGGAGGAACGUCUUAUAAAACCAAGGUGUGUGAUCGUUCAGUGUCUCCUCAGUGGAAUGAAACCUUUCAAUUCCUGGUUCAUGACCCUAAGAAGGACAUGCUUGUCAUCAAGCUCUCCAGUGCCUGGGACCAACCGAUAGGCUCUUUGGUUAUACCAAUCAGAGAGCUGCUUUCAAAACCAGAGCUGCUGAUGGACCAAUGGUUGAAUCUGGAUGGAGCUCUACCACAGAGUCAGAUUCUACUUAGGGCACAACUGAAGAUCUUGGAUUCCAAGAUGGCGGCUUUGGUAGCCAUGGGUUCCGGCCCAGUGUUGAGUAAUAAACAAACAGCCACCACUGGACAAAUCAAGAUUUCCAUCUCCUUCCAGAAAAAGCUCAUUGUGGUCAUUCAUGCAUGCAGGAGUCUGGUUACAUCGUCCAAGGAUGGCUUGGACACCUUCAUCUCACUUAUUCUACUGCCAGAUAAAAGCAAGGCCACGAAACGAAAGACAAGUGUGAAGAAGAAAAACCUGAACCCAGAGUUCAAUGAAAGGUUUGAGUUUGAUAUGACUAUGGAGGAGGCGCAGAGGCGAGCGCUCAGUGUGUGUGUGAAAAACGCAUCGUCAUCCUUCAUGCAUCGAGACAAAGACGUGAUUGGCCAGGUGCAAAUAGACCUUGGGAAUGUUGACUUGCUGUCUGGAGUCACAGAAUGGUUUGAUCUUAAAGAAGAGAACAGCUGAACACUGUGCCCUUGACAUCCAACCCUAAACCUCUUCCUGAAGUUCAACAGGUCAACAUUGUAAUCAUGUAUCGCUGUUCUAUGCUUUCCUAUUUUUCUCAAAUCAUGUAUUUCCAAUCCUUACGUACGUUUGUUUAUGAACAGAUGGUUUUUGAAUGACCAGAUCAUAUAUAAAUAGCCUUUGCUGUGUUGCUGUAAACAUAUUGUUGCGAUAUUGAAAUAUCAAGAGUAUUAGCGUUGAAGAGUAUUUGAUCAGAAGUGAUAUAUAAAUCGGUGAAAUGGGAAUAUCUGUAUAAAUCAGUAUCAGAGCAUUGAAUGUUGAUCUGACGUAUUCACAGAGAAGAAUAUAAUGCAGGUGUGUGGAGAAGUUUUCGUCUUCCUGUGCAGGUUGCAGGACAACUGCAGUUAGUUUUAGAAGGAAAAGUAUGUUAGAGUUAAUGCACUAUACGGAGUGUAUGUGUGUAUAUAUACAUACAUAUAUAUAUAUAUAUAUAUAUAUAUAUAUAUAUACACUAUAUGGCCAAAAGUUUGUGGACACCCCCUUCUAAUUAACGAAUUUGGUUACUCAGUUAAAUCCAGUAAAGUAAAAUGUAAUUAAUGUUUCUUUAUGUAAUGGCUUGGGCUUUGUGUGCUUCCAAAUUUGUGGCAACUGUUUGGGGAUAGCCCUUUUCUGUUCCAGCAUGACAAUGCCCCUGUGAACAAAGUGAGGUCCAUAAAGAAAUGGUUUACUGUGUCUGGCGUGUGACUGGCCUGCACGAAGCCCAGACCUGAACCCCACUGAUCACUUUUGGGGUGAACUGGAACUGCAACUGUAAGUCAGGCCCCAUCGACCAACAUCAGUUCCUGACCUCACUGAUAGCCUUGUGUCUGAAUGAGAGCAAAUCCCUGCAGCCAUGUUACUACAUACAGUAUAGUGGAAAGCCUUCCCAAAAGAGUGGAAGCUGUUAUUACAGCAAAGGGGGAAAUUGAUGCCUGAGGUUUUGAAAUCAAAUGUUCAUCAAGCACAUAUGGUGUCCACAAACUUUUGGCCAUAUAGUGUGUGUGUGUGUGUGUGUGUGUGUGUGUGUAUAUAUAUAUAAAAUAUCUCUUUAAACUGAAAGUAGAUACCAUGAUGUGUAUUGAGUGUUUUAAUGGAUUUUAUUGGAUAUUAUCUAAAUGUUAAUGAAUAUAUGAAGGAACAUACGUUGAAUGAACCACUUGUUUUUGCAAAGUAUUGCGCAAAGAUGAUGUAUUAUUACGUAGCCUGUGAGAAAGUCUGUGUAUCACCAGAUAAAAACAUUUUAUAUGUAUUCACCUUGAAUAUCAACACUGCAUAGUCAGAAUUUGUGCUGCUGUCUAGAUGCUAUCAUAUCAAACAUGGCUUGAGUAGCAUCCGUAGUCCACUGUGAUGCCAAAGCUUUAGUGGCAGGUUACAUUUUAGGCCUUAAAAUAGUAAUACUGAGUAGGGACACAGUCACAAACUUUCAAGCAAUUUGACAGAUUUUUUUUAUGUUGUUGUUGUAUGGUUUAGUCUUAUUUUUAGCAUUGCCAAGAACUGCUCUAUACUACACAGAUGUAGACCAAACACAAAAUGCCUUUAUCUACAGACUUUGUUUUUUAAUAUGCAUUUACUUUUCAGUUGUUUCUUUGCAUUCUUAGUAGACAUUGUAUUGUACUGGAUUCCUUUGUUACAUUUAAUCUUUGUGUUACAUAUAAUCAUUUUGUUAUAUCACUUGUGUGCAUGUCUUUUUUAUGUUAUACAUUAAAACAUGCUUUAACCAGGGUUCCUACAGCCAUGGAAAACCUGGAAAUAUCACAGAAUUAUGAGUUUCCCAGGCCUGGAAAGGUCAUGGGAUUUAAUGAAAUCUUUCAGACUGGAUCGUUCUGUUGACAUUUCUUUUUCGGUGAAUCACCCAAACUGAUUAAGAAAUGGAAUGAUUCAUAAUCCUUAUCAAGUUAUCACUGGAAGAAUCAUUAAAAAAGAUUGGGAACCCUGUUUUAACGCCAAAGAUUCAAAACCACCAUGUUCUUCUGCACUAUGCAAUAUUCACACAGUCACAUUUCUGAAUGUACAGCCAUGUAUUCAGAGCUCUCAAUAAAACUUAUGGCAGACCCUG